UUUACUUGUUUUGUAUUUCCUCCAAAAAUAUUAUGAAUUUUUACUGUAAAAAUCGUCGAAAUUUGUGUUCUAGUCUGCUUCUCCGCGCAAACAUGUACAAAUAAGUGUAAGAAUUGUGCCAUCUGAGUUAAAAACAAGCAAAAACAUAAAAUCCAAGGGCUACACAUACACAAGAUACACACAAAAAAAACUUUUUUUUUUUUGUAAUGUCUGUCAUUUAAAAAUACUAAAUUUCGUGUUUUUGGUGUGUAUGUGAGAAAUAAUUUCAAAAAAUCCAUCUCUAAAGUUGUUUUUGAACGAGCGCGUUGGAAAAAUGUCAAAUGCGGAAGAAAGCAAUCGACUAGCCGAGAAUCGGGAUGGCAUGAAUAAUUACGAUCAAUUAUCGGAAAUGUAUCAGCAGCAAACAAAGAAGCUUGUCGGCGGCAGUGAUAACAAUGGGCAGCAGCAGCAACAUCAGCAGCAAGAGUUGCCCAUCGACGCGAAUUACCCGAAUUUGCAGAAUAAUCAAUACCACAGACGAUUUAGGGCAUCACGUAACUUCAAGAAUCCGCCGCAGCCGCAUAUGUGCAUCCGCGAGAAGACCAUCGACGGGCAGGAAUUGUUCAUAAAUGUGCUUUCGUGGAACCGCAUUGCCGAUCCGACGGACAAAAAUAGCCCGAUUCCGUUGUUUGGCGGCAUGAAAGUGUUGCCGGGCAGUGCGCGUUCGCCGCCUUUGGUGUAUGCCGUGAUGGCGAGUCCGGAGGUUUUGAAGCAAUCCGGCAGGAAAUGUCCCGAUUCGCCGGAGCGGAUGAACUUGGUUGAUCUCAUGUGUGAAUUUGUCGAGGAAAUGAAUCCGGGAUUGGUGCUUUCGAGACAUCCUGAAAUACUCAAAGAUCGCGAUUUGUCGGGCGAACUGAAAGACGUCUGGAAUGCCGUUCAAGCACUUCGCGACAAGCAACGAGCCGAAAAUCAUUACGCAACACAAGAAAAUCUAGUCCUUUACACAGAAUUCGGGCCCGAAAGUGCUCCGCCAAUGUAUCAACAGCAACCGCAGCAGCAGCAGCAACAACGCGAAACUGUCAUCCAAUACAGUGGUCAAAGUGCAAUUACAACAACAACAAACGACGAUGCCGCCUCCAUCAAAGAUCACAUGGAGAAAAUCAGUUCGGAGACGGAAAACAUGCGAAUUUCGCCCACGGAGUCGCCAACGAACCAAAAAUGCGACGACGAACCAACAACACUGCCAACAACCAACAAUCCGAUUGUCGCGAGUCCCACAAGUGUCAUCGUGUCGACGGGCGUCGUAAAUGGCUCGCCAACGAACAAUCCGACGACAAAAAAAGACCCCUCAUCAUCGUCCUUCCUCACAAAGUUCCGUUCUUCCAAGACGACGUCGUCGGCAGCGGAUCAAGUUGACUCGCCUGCCGAUGCGACAAACAACAAAAAAGACAACAACGCGGAAAAUAACGGAGACGCGACGACGCAUCACACGACGACGUCGCAAAGCAAACACAAGAAAUUUCUGAGCUACAUUCGGAGAAAAGCAGGUACAAAAAACGACAACUACGCGAAUCGUGAUAGCAACAACAAGAAAAAUGGCGACACAACAACAACAACAACUCACAAUGGCAAUAACGAGGAAAGUACGACGACGGAGAUCGGUAAGCAAGAAAUUAUCGAGGCGCCAAUUAUUGACGCGAAAUAGCACGAUUUUGGGUCGCUAAUGAACGAAUUUUAGGAAAAAAUGAUCUUCUAUACUUAUAAAGAAAAAUAUUAUAAGAGAAUUUUGUGUCAAAGCUGUGCUUUAAAAAAAUUAGUUUUUUUGUAAAAAUU